AUGCUGACUGCUUUCAAUCCUACCAUUACUACUCGACGACUUAGACUAUUUGAACAAGCACAGAUCACCAUCUACCUUCCAUCUUGGAAGAGCUUACCCUUCUGCGAACAUUCUUGUUUCCCAAACUCUGACAGCCUUGUUGAUUCAAUCGAAGGAUUGAAUCUUGCUGAUACGAUAACUGGACCGUCUGGAUCAGCCUCUCGUUGUUCAAGUCCGGCUCAGCAAGCUGUCAUAGAGACUAUACAAGAGCUGAUAACAUCGUUAGAAGCUACAUUGGCCCACGCGCAACAGGCUGAAAAUGCGAUUGAAGAGACACAUACCCCAAGUGGCCAGGGUAUUGUGAAGCUAAGCUCCUUAAAAAGAAGGAUUACCGCUCUUGCAAAGACCACGAAGAUAAUCAGCAACGCAACAGAGCACUAUAUCUUAGAUUAUAUCACAUCCCUUGCUGGUUCAGGGACAUUACUGCAGAAUAUUCUUCCUCGUUAUACUAACGAAUUGGAAUGCAUCGCUCGCAAUGUUCUUGACAGCACCGGCGAUGACAAUAACGUCCUGCGGGAGACUUUAGAAAUGUGCUAUGAUCAGGCUCUUUGUACGUCUGGGACCUUGCACCUUGAUAACCACUUUAUUUCCCUGGGCGAAGCCAGUCUUGAAUGGCCAUAUAACCCUGACUUCGAGAGCGAUGACUACUACGACCAUGAAAAUCGCUUGGACAUCGAUGAUCGUUAUGCUGAAGCUUUUCUUGCGCAAUGCGAACGUGAAUCCAAACUUAAUAAACGCGAGAGGGAAAGGCAGGAAAAUGAAGAAUGGAUUAGGUUUUGGGUUCGAGCGCUGGGUCAAUGUCCUGACGGGCCCACACUAUUCUAUUCGCCAGCAAGUCAGCUUCCUGACUCAGAAUCAGCUGUCCCGCGAUACUUGUUCAGAGCGUUCGACAAAGAAAGCUCUGGCAGAAGUGACCAUUCGAUCGUAGCUUCCGCCGAGAGCAUUUCCGCGAUAGCAUGCCGCAGCAAAGUCGAUAUUCUCUCAAGGCCAAGUGAGGAAAUCAUACAAAUGCUAUAUAGGCACCUGACUAAAUCAUGUUUUGGGAGAGGGGAAAAUACCGACAACCUAAUGUCGUGGAGUAGCUCACUACUAUUUGUGAUUCAAUACGCAGUCUGGAGAUGCUACCAACUUAAAUGUGAUCCUGCUGAGGUGCAAAUAUGCACUAUUGACACAAGAAAGUUCCCUCCUGGUCAAUUCGUUCGGGACAUGUCGUUAAUUCGGGCCCAUCGUGAAGCACCAAAUCUCCACAGAGAAAUGCGGAGUUUUUUCGAAUUUCGCCUAAAGAACUCAUAUUACGACAAUGGAGAGUAUCUGUCCCAAGGGGUCUUGCAUCAUGCUGGGCGGUCUAUGGUGGAAUGCCUAGCACAGCUCAUUCAGACGGGAUUAUACGAUCUUUAUCCCGAGUUUGCGGAUGUCGCUGAGAAGAAUUCGUGGACAAAACGUGUCGGGUUUCUUCGUACAGCAUGGUCUGUCGAGCAAACAACAACCCGGCUCGAUAUAAAAAGUGCCGUUGAGAUAGCCAGAGCAUGCUUCAAAGGAUUAGAUACACCUGAUAUAGCAAUACUGCUAUUGUCAUUCAAAGCCCGCAAGCUUCGCGUUCCAGCGAAAGAAGCUACAUCGUUUCCAAACACCCCCUUGGUCAAAGUUGCCGAGCAAGGCCUUUCCAGAGGAUAUCGCUUCCAAAGAAACUACAAUGAGUACGGUCCAGACGAGGUUCGACGAUACAUGACGAACGCAGACAAAAUGGUGCCCAUAGGCCGAGAUGGUUUUAUUCAUUUCGGAUGGUCUACUGUUUACUGCCAGCUUCUCGAAGGAGUUUUUGAAUGCUCAUAG